UUGUUUGCUGUCAAAAAGAAUUAAAAGGGAAGCUUCAAGCUUGGUAUGUUGUUAUUGAUGUAGUGAAUUUAUUAAAAUAUCGAAUCAGCGCGUGAUUGCGCAGUUGAUUUUUCAGUUUAAAUGUUUUCUUACAUCAAUUAAAAUGUCUAACAUAUCCUUGGACAAAGAGACGUUUUAUAGGCGUAUGAAGAGGCUAUAUGCAGCGUGGAAGUCUGCGGCAAAUGAUUCAAAUAAUGAUGAUGUACUUGCCAAAGUAGAUUGUUUGGUGUCAUGUGUUGGAGUCGACGAAGAUACACUCUAUAGCAAGUCGACAGCUUUCCAGACUUGGUUGUUUGGAUAUGAGCUGCCAGACACAAUAACAGUGCUUACUGAACACAGCAUGUGUUUUCUAGCGAGUAAAAAAAAAAUAGAAUUCCUCAGACAGAUAGAGAAUGGAAAGGAAGAAACAGACCUACCACCAGUGAAAUUGUUAAUUAGAGAUAGAAACGAUAAAGACAAAGAAAAUUUUAGUAAACUCAUACAGGAAAUCAAAAAAUCAAAAUCAGGAAAGACCCUUGGGGUUUUUGCAAAAGAUAAUUAUCCUGGAGAGUUUUGUGAAAGUUGGAAGAACUUAAUGAAGUUGGAGAAAUUUGAGAAUAUUGAUAUAAGUUCAUCUGUGGCACUAUUGACUGCCCCCAAAGAAGACUCUGAGAUUAUAACUAUAAAAAAAGCAUGUUUAGUAACAGUUGACGUAUUUACUAAGUAUUUAAAGGAUCAAAUCAUGGAAAUUAUUGAUUCUGAUAAGAAAGUUAAACAUUCAAAAUUAGCUGAAGGAGUUGAAGCUGCUAUUUCUGAUAAGAAGUAUGUGACUGGUGUUGAUACAAGUCAAGUUGAUAUGUGUUAUCCACCAAUAAUUCAGUCUGGAGGAAACUACAGCCUAAAAUUCAGUGCAGUAUCAGACAAAAAUCACCUUCAUUUUGGCUCAAUAGUUUGUUCAUUGGGAGCACGAUACAAGUCAUACUGUUCAAAUAUAGUGCGCACUUUACUUGUUAACCCAACUGAUGAAAUACAAAGCAAUUACAAUUUCCUUGUUAAUUUAGAAGAAGAAGUUAUGAAAAACUUAGUUGCCGGAGCAAAACUGUCUGCUGUUUAUGAAGCUGGAUUGGCAAUGGCAAAAAAAGAGAAACCAGAGCUUGUUGAUAACUUGAACAAAUCAUUUGGGUUUGCAAUGGGAAUAGAAUUUCGAGAAAGCUCAAUUGUUAUUGGUCCUAAAACAAAUAUUGUAGCUAAAAAAGGGAUGGUAUUUAACAUAAACAUUGGUCUGGCAAAUCUUACUAAUAAAGCAGCUACAGAAAAAGAGGGAAAGACUUAUGCUCUUUUCAUUGGCGACACUGUAUUAGUGAAUGAAGAACAGCCAGCGUCAUUGCUGACACAGUCCAAAAAAAAGAUCAAGAACAUUGGUAUCUUCCUCAAAGAUGAUGACGAAGAGGAAGAAGAGGAAAAAGAAAAUAAGACUGAAAUACUGGAAAACGGAGGCAGAGGUAAACGGACAGCUGUCAUAGAAUCUAAGCUACGUACUGAACAUUCAUCCGAGGAAAAACGCAAAGAGCAUCAGAGGGAGUUGGCCAUAGCUCUCAAUGAGAAGGCAAAGGAGCGGCUUGCGAAACAGUCGAGUGGCAAGGAUGCAGAGAAGAUAAGAAAGAGCACUGUUUCGUAUAAGAGUAUCAGCCAAAUGCCUCGGGACAUUGAAGUGAAAGAACUCAAGUUGUAUGUUGAUCGUAAAUACGAGACAGUCAUCUUGCCGAUAUUCGGCAUUCCAGUACCAUUCCAUAUCUCAACCAUAAAGAAUAUAUCCCAGUCAGUGGAAGGAGACUAUACUUAUUUGAGAAUUAAUUUCUUCCAUCCUGGAGCCACCAUGGGUAGGAACGAAGGUGGUAAUUACGCUCAUCCUGACGCGACUUUUGUGAAAGAAGUAACAUACCGGAGUACAAACACUAAAGAACCGGGUGAAAUAUCACCACCUUCCGCUAAUCUCAACACUGGUUUUCGUCUAAUUAAAGAAGUACAAAAGAAAUUUAAAACUCGUGAAGCGGAAGAAAGAGAAAAGGAGGACUUAGUGAAACAGGAUACCUUAGUGAUGUCACAGAGUAAAGGAAACCCAAAACUAAAAGAUCUUUACAUACGGCCUAAUAUUGUAACGAAACGUAUGAGCGGCUCUCUUGAAGCGCACACAAAUGGUUUUCGGUUCACAUCAGUCAGAGGCGAUAAAGUGGACAUAUUGUACAAUAACAUAAAGAAUGCUUUCUUCCAGCCUUGUGAUGGUGAAAUGAUUAUACUAUUGCAUUUCCAUUUGAAACAUGCCAUUAUGUUUGGCAAAAAGAAGCAUGUAGACGUACAGUUCUACACGGAAGUGGGAGAGAUCACCACAGACCUGGGCAAGCAUCAGCACAUGCACGAUAGAGACGACCUGGCGGCCGAGCAGAGCGAGCGGGAGCUGCGCCACAAGCUCAAGGUGGCCUUCAAGAGCUUCUGCGAGCGAGUGGAGAACAUGACCAAGCAGGAGGUCGAGUUUGACACACCGUUCAGAGAGCUUGGCUUCCCCGGUGCACCAUUCCGGAGUACAGUGUUGCUCCAGCCGACUUCAGGCGCUCUUGUCAACUUAACGGAAUGGCCACCAUUUGUCAUAGCAUUGGAGGACGUUGAAUUAGUUCACUUUGAACGUGUACAGUUUCACCUGAAGAACUUCGACAUGGUGUUUGUAUUUAAAGACUACGCUAAGAAAGUUGCUAUGGUGAACGCUGUGCCCAUGAACAUGCUGGAUCAUGUUAAAGAAUGGCUCAACUCAUGUGAUAUCCGAUACUCGGAGGGUAUUCAAUCUCUCAACUGGACUAAAGUUAUGAAGACAAUCACUGAUGAUAUUGAGGGCUUCUUCGAAAACGGGGGUUGGUCUUUCCUUGACCCUGAGUCUGAUGAAGAGAAUGCAGCGCAGGACGAUGAAUCGGAAGAAGAGGAUGACGCGUAUGAGCCAACGGAUGCAGAGUCUGAAGAGGAGUCCGAAGAUGACUCGGAAUAUGACUCCGAGGCUUCUGACGCUUCCGAUGCCUCCGGUGACAGUGAGGAAGAAGAUGAAGAAUCUGGCAAGGAUUGGUCAGACCUCGAACGGGAAGCCGCCGAAGAAGACAAGAAAGAGCGAACUUUCGACCGCGGCGAGGACUUUGAUCGCAAGCGGAAGGGCGGCCACGAUAGACGCCCCAGCUACGACGACAAGAAACGGAAACAUGACAAGCACAACAAAAGUUCGAGCUCCCACAAAAGUUCCAGUCACAAGAGUUCUAGUUCUAAUCACAAGAGUUCCAGCCAUAAGAGUCCUUCAAAGCAUAGUAGUGGCAGUCCAUCAAAGAACCGCGACAAACAACAUAGCAAGUCGUCGCACCACGAUCGAGACCGCGACAAGCACAGCAAGACCAACGGAGACCAUAAGAGGUCCUCCUCCGACCACAAGUCACACAAGAGGUCCCGCGAUGACAGCAGGGACCACGACCGCAGCUCCAAGAAACACAAGAAAUAAGGAUGUUGCUCCUUUUUGUUUGUACGGCGGGUUCAUUUUUACAGCACACAACUCAUUUUUAAGUUUCUAAUAUAGUUUGUUUGUACCUAUCCACUGUCCGUCUGUUUGAUGUUCAAAUCAGGUCAGAAUGUUGUGUAUGUAUGUAGAUGUAUUUUAAUUCCAUUUGUAACUAAUUUAAAUUAUAAAAAUAAAAAACAAAUAAAUAUAAGUUUAAUAA